GAGAGAGAAGAUAUACAGACAUUGCGUUGCCCCCUAAAACCCAAACCCUAAAAUUCACAAUCUUCCCUCCAAUUUUCCCUCUCUCUUCGCACAUAACACAAUUUACCCUCCAAAAUCGCUUUUUCUCUUUCAACUUUCAAUUUUUCUUUUCAAUGGGUAAGUACAUGAAGAAAUCCAAAACCGCCGGCGACGUCGCCGCUGUAAUCAUGGAAGCUCCGUCUCACGCCACCGCCGUCGGAGUCCGGACCAGAGCUAAAACCCUAGCUCUCCAGAAGUCGCCGACUUCUUCCCCGCAACUUACGGACUCCUCUGCUUUCCUUCAGCUCCGGAGUCGGCGCCUCCGGAAGGUCCCUCCGCCGCCGCAGCCUCGCAGGGAGAAUGAUUCAGUAGGAAGUUUGAGGCUUCGAGAGUGUUCUAUCAAAACGUUUUCGUCUCUGCAUAGUGUUGAGAAUUUGGGAACUGGAAAUUUCUGUGCUGAAGAGGUGAAUUUUGAUUUCACCGUGGAAGGUUCUUUUGGGGAAAAUUUCUUGGAGAUUGAAGGCUUAGAUAGAAGCACCAGAGAAAGCACACCUUGUAGUUUAAUAAGGGAUUCAAGUGCCAUCCAUACCCCUGGUUCAACCACAAGACAAAGGACACACCGGAUAAUUCGUGAACACAUGCAGAGAAAUAUUCCAACAGCUUACGAAAUGGACGAGUUCUUUGCUUUCGCAGAGAAGCAGCAACAAGCAAUAUUCAUGGAAAAGUACAAUUUUGAUGUAGUGAAUGAUGUACCUCUAUCAGGACGAUACGAAUGGGUCCCUGUACUUCACUAGGACAAGCUUUCGCAAGCCAUUUGGAUUUCAGGCAGAGCUAUUAGACUUGUAAUUUAGCCGAGCUAGCAGCUUUCACUAACCAUUUAGAUCGCUUGAGAUCUUGUUCUACACAAAUGCGCAUCAUCACUCGUACUCUGCGUAUGCACGGGUAUUUUACUAGUUACUAGUUUAGUUUAGAAGACAUUUCUAAUAUAUGGUUAGUUUAGAAUUUAGAGUUAGUUAAAUGUAUUUCUUAUAUGUAAGGGUAGGGGGGUAUAUGGGUCUCUUUUGUUUUCUUGAGUAUUGUUAACUUGUGUCUAUAAUUUCCUAGGGAUAAAUCGUUAAUCAGUAGUGUUAAUGUUACUAUUAAUACUAGUUAUCCUUUCUA